AUGAGGCAAGAACGGACACGAGUUCUUCACCUGGGGGGAGCUGCUCAGCCCCAGCGCCCCGAACCCCGGGGCCACGCCGCCGCCCCGGGCUCGGCGCUGCUGCCCGCUCGUCCGCUGCUGUCGCUCGGGCUGCUGCAGCUGAUCCUGGGCUGCUGCAUGGUGGCGCUGAGCUUCGGGGCGCUGUCGCUGAGCAGCUCCCCCCAGGUGAAGAACUCGUGUCCGUUCUGGGCCGGCUCCUCGGUGAUACUCUCUGGAAUCAUAGGAUUAACAACUUGGAAACGGCCUAUGAUACUCCUGGUGAAUCUCUUUGUGCUGCUUUCUGUGGUGUGUGUCCUCUUAAAUCUAGCUGGAUUUAUCCUCGGCUGCCAGGGGGCCCAGUUUGUGUCCAGCGUGCCCAGGUGUGAUCUGGUGGACUUAGGCGAAGGAAAGAUUUGCUUCUGUUGUGAAGAAUUCCAGCCAGCCAAAUGCACGGACAAAGAAAAUGCCUUGAAACUCUUUCCGGUUCAGUCUUGUAGUGCUGUUCACCUUCUACUUAAGAAGGUUCUUUUCGCCCUGUGUGCCUUGAACGCCCUGACCACCACCGUCUGCUUGGCAGCAGCUGCCCUUCGCUACCUCCAGAUAUUUGCAGCCAGAAGACCCUGCCUCGACGAAUCCCAGAUUUCUGCCGAAGAAGUGGAAGAACACGGACGGAUCCCAGACCCUGAUGACUUCGUGCCGCCAGUGCCCCCCCCCUCCUAUUUCGCCACAUUUUACUCGUGCACGCCCCGGAUGAACCGCAGGAUGGUCGGUCCUGAUGUUAUUCCCCUCCCACAUAUCUACGGAGCACGAAUCAAAGGUGUGGAAGUGUUCUGUCCCCUGGACCCCCCACCUCCCUAUGAAGCUGUGGUGAGCCAGACGGACCAGGAGCAGGGACCUUCAUUCCACAUGCUAGAAGGAUUAGAAGGUGCCACGAGCCCCUUGGAACCGAUCUGCAUACCACUGACUCAAGGUGAGGACAUUCCUAACGCACCCAGAGAAGAAAGCACAUCUAUCUCAACUCCCGAUGCAAACCAGCUACCUCCCACGGGAAGCCGGAGAGUCUUCCCAGCCCUGAGGACAAGAUCGAGGAGUGACCCUGUGCUCCAUCAUUCCGCAGAGAGAGCUGUCCCCGUGCUCAGCUGUGAAGCUGCAACGCAGACCGAGGGAAGACCAGACCUGGCCACGGUGACCUUGAGGAGAGGUCUGAGGAGCAGAGCUUCGCGAUGCCGGCCUCGGUCCCUGAUAGAUUACAAGUCCUACAUGGACACCAAGCUGCUGGUGGCGAGGUUCCUGGAGCAGUCGUCCUGCAGUAUGACCCCAGACAUCCACGAGCUUGUGGAGAACAUUAAAUCCGUUCUCAAGUCCGAUGAGGAGCACAUGGAGGAGGCCAUCACCAGUGCCAGUUUCCUAGAACAGAUAAUGGCCCCGUCGCAGCCCAGCACUUCCCGGACCCACGUGCCGCCCUCGCGGAGACAGCCUGGCUUCCUGCACCUGCGGAGCUGCGGGGACCUGAGCACCUUCAUCCCGGCGGGGAGGCCGCGAGCCGAGAGGAGGCCCCAGCGAGCAGAGGCUGAGCGGCCCCACAGCCUCAUCGGCGUCAUCCGGGAGACCGUUCUGUGAACCUGUGGGGUUCGGCCUGAGGGGAGUGGGCAGGAAGGAAGAUGCACCCCGAAGGCAGAAUGAUCCCUCCUGACCUUGGAGUGCCCUGGCCCGGAGUGGGCGUGCCCCCUGGGCAGCCCUCAGAAGGGGCGCAGGCACUCUGGAGGACAUUUGUUCUCACUCCCCAGCUCCUCUUCUGCUCACUGAGGACAUUCAGCGGUGGGCAAGCGGGUUCUUCCAGGCCCAUUUGGCUUUCGGGGGCACUGAUCUGGAGGCCGUGCAGGCAGCCUCCCUCCAGCCUCGGCCAGGUCACGUGGGCAGAAACCUGGCUGACGAUUCUUCGCCCACCUCCCCCGCCGGGGCUCUCCUGCUCCUCGAGUUCCUCCCUCCGUGGAAGGACAGAGCUGCUGGGCCUGCUGUGUAGAGCUCCCGCAGCCUUUCGCUGCUCCACGAGGGAGCAGGAUGAUUAACCCCGAUGUUCUGCACUUGUCAAGCUUCGUUUUACGUCACCCCCAAAUCACAGUGUCUUUAGGAAAAGCGGGAAACUCGUUCAGUGACGAAUGGUAAUGAAAGGCGUUUAGGGAGAGGUUCGUGUUGAUUGCAUUUAUUCGUGCUUGCAAAACUAGUGAUGGCUAAGGCCCAGUGGAGAAUAAA